CCACAAGCCACCGCAGCUGCUCUACGCGGGUGAUUUCACCUGGAACAGCAUGUCAGGCCGCAGUGUGCGGCUGAGGUCAGUCCCCAUACAGAGCCUUUCAGAGCUGGAGCGGGCCCGCCUGCAGGAAGUGGCAUUUUAUCAGUUGCAGCAGGACUGUGACCUGAGCUGUCAGAUCACCAUUCCCAAAGAUGGACAAAAGAGGAAGAAGUCUCUGAGAAAGAAACUGGAUUCACUGGGAAAGGAGAAAAACAAAGAUAGAGAAUUCAUCCCACAAGCCUUUGGAAUGCCCUUGUCCCAAGUAAUUGCAAAUGACCGGGCCUAUAAACUCAAGCAAGACAUGCAGAAGGAUGAGCAGAAAGACGCGUCUGAUUUUGUGACUUCUCUCCUGCCAUUUGGAAACAAAAAGCAAAACAAAGAUCUCUCAAGCAGUAACUCAUCUCUCAGCUCUACUUCAGAAACACCAAAUGAGUCAACAUCCCCAAAUACUCCAGAACCUGCUCCUCGGGCCAGAAGAAGGGGUGCCAUGUCAGUGGAUUCUAUCACAGAUCUUGAUGACAAUCAUUCUCGACUCCUGGAAGCUUUGCAGCUCUCACUGCCUGCUGAGGCUCAAAAUAAAAAAGAAAAGGCCCGAGAUAAGAAACUUAGUCUGAAUCCUAUCUACAGACAGGUCCCCAGGCUGGUGGACAGCUGCUGUCUCCAUCUAGAAAAACAUGGUCUCCAGACAGUGGGGAUUUUCCGUGUUGGAAGCUCAAAGAAGAGAGUGAGACAGCUACGUGAAGAAUUUGACCGUGGAGUUGAUGUCUCUCUGGAAGAAGAGCACAGUGUCCAUGAUGUGGCUGCAUUGUUGAAGGAAUUCCUGCGGGACAUGCCUGACCCCCUUCUCACCAGGGAGUUGUACACUGCUUUCAUCAAUAUUCUCUUGCUGGAGCCAGAGGAGCAGCUGGGCACCUUGCAGCUUCUUAUCUACCUUCUCCCGGCCUGCAACUGUGAUACUCUCCACCGCCUGCUCCAGUUCCUCGCCAUCGUGGCCAACCAUGCUGAGGACCACGUGGACAAAGAUGGUCAAGAGGUCACUGGGAACAAAAUGACAUCUCUCAACUUGGCCACCAUCUUUGGACCCAAUCUGCUCCAUAAGCAGAAGUCAACAGACAAAGAAUUCUCGGUUCAGAGUUCUGCCCGGGCUGAGGAGAGCACAGCCAUCAUCGCUGUGGUGCAGAAAAUGAUCGAAAACUACGAGAUGCUGUUCAUAGUUUCUCCAGAACUCCAGAACGAUGUGCUGAUGAGUCUGCUGGAAACCGAUCCUGAUGUGGUGGACUACUUACUCCGCAGAAAGGCUUCCCAAUUGUCAAGCCCUGACAUGCUGCCGCUGGACGCGCCGUCGGAAGUUCCCUUUUCCGUGGGAGGAAGGCAUUCAUCCACCGACUCCGCCAAGGCCUCCAGUGGAGACCUCUCCCCCUAUGACAACAACUCCCCUGUGCUUUCGGAAUGCUCCUUGCUGGCGCUGCAAGACAACCUGAGCCCCGGGGGCUUGGAGAAAGUAUACAAGGGGCCGGAGCAGUAUUCGCUGGUGGGUCAUUUGGCCUUGUCCAAAUCAAGGGAGACUUCGCCUGGGCCGAGGCUUGUGAAAGAUAUGUCUGAGGAACCUUUAAAUAUCUGGGGCACCUGGCAUACAACAUUGAAAAGCCAACACAAGGACCCAGCACUUCCAGGUUCCCAUGGAGACAUCUUGGAGAGAAACUCCCCCCACCCGGGGCCUUGCUCCCUUUCCCAGGGGAACACGUCCUCAAAUCGGCCCCGAUGGCAGGUGAGCCGCAAAGAACUGGACAGCGACACUCUGGGCGUUCCGAGGACUCAGACCUCGGCCCCCAGCGCUGAGUGCCGGCCACACAUGCCUGUGUCCCGCCUAUACAGCCGACGGAGACCCCCAGAGUGUGACCCGUUGCACCCCAAUGUGUCUCAGGACCUCGCCUCCAGCGAGCUGGACACUGCCUGGCAGCAAGGCCACAGCCCGGCCCAGCCCCAGUACCAGAGCCGCGGAGAGAGUGUGAGGCCCAGCCAGAGGCCUCCUCCUCCUUACCCUGGUGCGGGGAAGUCCGUGUCAGCCUCGGCCCACCAGCCCGAAUUGCCAACUCCGUUGUGGAGGCCCCUAAGAUCGGCAGAAGGCCCCCCAACAGCAUUGGGGGGUAAGGGGUGCCAGCCCCCCCAGCGAGAGUGUCAUGCGGCCCAGCCUCAAAGGAGCAGCACCUACCCAACUCCUGCCAGCGAUCCCAACAGUAAGACCUUGGGGAACCCCAACUGGCUUGAUUGGCAGCGAGAGAGAUGGCAAAUCUGGGAGCUCUUGUCCACCGACAAUCCUGAUGCCCUGCCGGAAACGCUGGUAUGAGCCUGCCCCAAGCUUGAGCCUUCAACAUCCCCGACUGCCUUCCUCCACUCGGUAAAGGAAACCACUGGUGUUUAGACAACGACUUGGCCACUUGCUUCUCCUUCUUUGACACCUUUGAAAAAUCACGCGCGAGCAGCUCGGUUCACUUAAAAGCUCUAGAGCCCUUGUGCCCUCGCCAUUUUCCCAUAGUGUUCUGUGUCCUAACCAGCCUUAGGAGCAACAAAAGCAAACAACAAAUAAACGAUGGCCAUGCCCAAUCCAGUAGCUAUUGGUAUUGGUUCUGUGCAGGAUCCAACCCUAGCUUUGGUAGAGCUUCGUUGUAUUUCUGUGUCUUCUCAAUUUUGACUCUCGUAUAUUCCGUAACGGAUUUGUGUAUGAUAAUCAUAUAUGAUACAGUCACAGAGAACCCAAGAACCAUGUUUUGUUUUCUAGUCACUUCACUUAUAUUAAGCAAUGAAAGCUAGAGAAUCUUCUCAAGAGAAUAGAACAUGCACAAGCCAGUCUGACCUGGGGACAGCCCAGAUGCUUAAUCAAACAUUAACCAAACAGAAUUGAACGGAUUAUGAGAAGCCAUAUUUUUAUAUAGCAGCGAGACACGAAAAAAUGUAGUCACUGAAUUUUUCAUAUGGAAUAUGUUUUAAGGAAAAUUUUAAAUUUGAUACACGAUGGAAUAUAUUUUUGGAAUCUCUUUAGAAAGUAUUCAGUUAAUUCACCAAGAGAAAAGAAAACAUAAUUUGUCUUUCCCAUUU